CGCCCCUCAACGGGUAGCAAGUUUCUGCUGUAUUACCUACAAAUAGGACACUCUGGACAGUUUUACACAUCAAAUUUCCUGAGUAAACUGCCCGUACCCAACCAUGGCCUCCUCCUCAUCAGUUGGAGACAAUCAACUGCAGAGGAUAAUCAGAGAUCUGCAUGAUGCUGUGUUUGAGUUGAGUAAAGAACACAACGAGUGUGGUGAACCUGUAACCGACGACAGCGCCAACCUGCACAAGUUCUUCUAUAAACUAGAAUACCUGCUACAGUUUGACCAGAAAGAGAAGACAACCUUUCUUGGUCAGAGGAAAGACUACUGGGAUUACUUCUGCGACUGCCUGAUUAAGAUCAAGGGAGCUAAUGAUGGCAUCCGUUUUGUUAAGUCCAUCGCUGAGUUGAAGACCUCACUGGGGAGAGGAAGGGCCUUCAUCCGCUACUCACUCGUUCACCAGCGUCUUGCUGACACACUGCAGCAGUGUUUUGUAAACCAGAAGGCCACAAGCGACUGGUACUAUGCCCGGAGUCCCCUCCUUAAGUCUCAUGUCACUGCUGACAUAAUCGACCAUCUUUAUGAGCUCAACCAGAUCCAAUUUGACGUGGCAGCCAGAGGUUACGACCUGGAUGCAGAUUGGCCAACCUUUGCGAGGCGAACUUUAGGUUCCGCCUCAGCAGCUUCUGUGUGGAGGCCUCCCAGUCGCUGCUCCAGCAUCAACAGUCUCGUUAGCGGCUACUCACAGGUGCAGGAGUUUGUCCCAUUCUCAGACCUCAGUCACAGUCUCCUUGGUGAAUUGGGGGAACUGGGGGAACCCUCUCCUUGUAGUAUUGCAGAGAACCUCCGCAUUGAGCUCGACCAGUCCGAGCUGAAACAGCAGGAGCUUCUGUUACGGGUUCAGGAGUUAGGGAAAGAGGCUGCUGAGCUAAAAGAUGUGGUUAAGGACCUUCAAGGCCAGCUGUUAGCAUCUCAGAAGUGCUCUGGUGAAUCUGCAUCUACAGCAGCACAAAGUAACCAAGAAAUAGAUCAUCAGGAGAGAGCAAAUCACCUUCAAACCUGUAGUGAAGAAUUAAUCGGGGAACUUAAAGACAGACUCACGGCUGCUGAGGACAAAAAUAUGGAGCUUCUUUCUAAGUUGGACGAGGUUCUUAAAGAAAAGGAACAACAAACCACAAGCUACUGCGACUCAGCCUGGAAAAUCCAGGAACUCCUGGAUAAACUCAAGACAACGGAGGAGGAAAGGAUGGAGGCAAAGAGAGAGGCUGAGGACAGGGCCAGGCACUCUGAGCGUCUGUCCCAGGAACUAAAACUCAGGGAAGAAGAGUUGAGGAACAGUGAGGCGAAGCUGGCUAAAGUAAAAUCCAGAGCCCAUGACGAACGUGAGGCGGCGCUCAAGCGGUUGGAGGAGCUCCAAAGUGCAGUUGGUCGAAUUCAGGGGGCGCUGAGUUUGAAAGAGAAAGAGACGGGGAACUUGAGAGCCCAGCUUCAGGAUCUACAAGCGUCACUGGAGUGCAGAGAACGACAGGCGGAGGACCUGAGGAAAAGACUGCACGAGGAGAGGGACGAGGUAGGGCAGAUAUGUAGGGUGAGUAGUAGCCAGAGUGAGGAAGUCGAGAGCCAGCUGCUGGAUGUAAGAACGGCUCUAAAAAAACGAGAGAAAGAGCUCGCCUUUAGUUCAGAGAAAAUCAAGCAUUUUGAAGAGCAGUUGGAGAAGUUAAAUGUUGAGAAAGAAAGUCUGAACUCUCAACUUGCUGAUAAUGAAGUUGCUUCCUCUGAGAACCUCAAGGACUACAAAACCAAAUGCAGCAAUCUCGUGGAAAUAAAUGCUAAGCUACUCCAAACAGUUAAGAAGAGUGAGGGGGGCAUUACAGAGCUGACUGAGAGCAGGACCGCCUUGUUAGACCAGCUAGCUUCUUUCAGGGCCUCUGAGAAGCACCUAAAGGGCCGAGUUGAGGCUGCAAAGAUGUGUGUGGAAGAUAGGGAGAAGAAGCUUCUAGAUGAAAACCUGCAUUUGGAGGAGAUUGCCCAGAAGGCGCUCGUCCAGAAGGAAGUAUGUGAUGCUCAAAUAAAGAAGCUAGAGCAUGAGAACGGGGAGCUUCUUGAGGUCCAGACCUCGUUGAAGAAACGGUCGGCCACAACUCAACAGGAACUGGACUCACUUACUGCCAAAGCUGAGCAGUUGGACAAGAGCCUCAUUGUGUCCCAAAGAAGCCAAGUAGAGUUACUUGAAAAACUCCAAGAAACCGAGAUGAAACUGAGAGACCAGACUGUCGAAUGUGGGCAUCUGCAAGCUAGAGCACAGGAGCUGGAGAGCAGGACUGGGGAGCGUCAUGCCGAAAAAGGAGCUGCAGAGAGCAAUGAAAAGAUGCAGAAGCUUCAUGAUGAGCAUCAGAAAUCCUUAGUGGAAACCAAAGAGGCCCCGUUCAGGCUAGUUUUGGCUGAGGCUCAGCUGGAGCUCAACCUAAGGGAGGUGCACCGGCUCCAGGACGAGCUGAUGGAGCUCAGGGCUCAGCUUCUAGCAGGAGCUGAGGAGCGGAUGAAGGUUCAGGCCCUUCAGGAGGUGACCGAGUACUCCAGGGAGGACCUCCGUGUCUUAGCAGAGCAACUCAAAGCCCAGGUGGAGGAGCUGAACCGCCGGCAUGUGGAUGAGAUUCUCCGAUCCCGGGAGCGAGAAGAGGCUCUUAUCCGGGAGCGUGACGGUGAGGCUCAGGCUCGAGCAGGUCUGGCUGCGGAGGUGAUGGCCUCCAGAGAGGAGCUCAACAAACUGAAGUUGCGUUACGAGGGCUUGUGUCUGGAGAUCAGUGAAUCCGGGGAGGCGCUCCACAGAGCCAACACAGAAACAGCUGAACUCGGCGUGCAUGUGUGUAUGCUCACUGCUGAGAACGAAGAGGCUCGUCUGCGCUGGGAGGGCUUGUCAACAAGGCUCCAAGAGCUGGACGAGGAGGCGGCUCGGGAGACGGAGAGGCUGAAUACCUACAUGGAGCAGCUGAGACAGGACAACCAGCGGCUGCUCGAUCAGCUCCAUAACGAAGACGGGUUGUUGGCAACCAAGCAGGAGCUGCAGGAAAAGCUCAGCAAGGCCAAAGAGGAGGCUGGAGCUGUGCAGGAGACUAGCAAAGAGGAGAUCCAGGCUAUCCGAUUCCAGGUCAGCAGCCAAGCCUUGAGCCACAGCAGCCAGCUCCAGACUGUGACUCAAGAGUUGGAAGAAGUGAAAUUGAAGUUGACCACUGAGCGUGAGAAAGUGGUCGAACUGGAGAACAAAUUCAAACAGCUAGAGGCUGAGAAUCAGAGAUAUUGCCAACAGAUUGAGGAGAAAAACAUCCAGAUGGCCGAUUCUGAAAAUCUCAUCCAGCAGAAAGAAGACGAGAUAAUCCAUCUGAAAGGAAAUUUAUCAAGGUCUGAGGAUGGCCUGACAGCGGCUCAGCAGACCUGUCAGGAGAUGAGUGAAAAUCUACGGAGAGCCACACAGGACAAACAGAGCUUCGAUCUUAAGACGUCUGCCGAACUCGAUGAUCUUUACCGCACCAAAAUCAAUUUGGAGGAAAGGCUCGUAGAACUAAUCAGGGAGAAAGAUGCACUGUGGCAGAAGUCCGAUGCCCUGGAGUUUGAGCAGAAACUGCGGGAUGAGGAGACGGAGAGGGACGUCAACUACUGUCUGGGCUGUCACAGUCAGUUCAGCUGGUGGCUCCGCAAGCACAACUGCAGACUGUGUGGGCGUCCCUUCUGCUACUACUGCUGCAGUAACACAGUGAGCACCCAGCAGGGCGGCCACAGAGAGCGCUGCUGCAGCGACUGUUACAACCAGCACAGUGCAGUAAUUGAGCGCCACCCACAGGAGGAAGUGACUCACAGCACACCAGGGACGCCUUUCAGUCGUUUGCUGCAGGCUGGGAGGGCUGUGACGAGUGGUUCAGGAGCAGAUGAAGGUGACAAGCUGAAUGAUGGUGUUUUUGACAUCAUCACAGAGGAGGAGGUGAGCGGGGUCUAUGACAGUGACUCCCUCUCUUUUGCCACCGCCUGCUCUCCUGCACACGGACAGCAGGGGGCAGCACAACUGAACAGCAGUGCCAGUGCAGGAGACCUCACAUCAGAUGACACUGAUGACCUCAGUUCUGCAGUACAGGAUGCAGAGAUCUGCCUGCUAAAGUCUGGAGACCUCACGCUCUCCGUCCUCUUCACAGUGGAGGACAUCUCAGGGUUUGGGGACAGCUCUCGAGAGCUCUUCAUCAAGUCCAGCUGUUACAGCACCAUCCCCAUCUCCAUGAGUAGUCCUGGUCCUACGGUCUCCUGGACGUUCACCUCUGAACCGAAGAGCAUCUCCUUCAGUGUGGUCUACAGGGAGAGUACAGAGACCCCGCUGGAGCAGGCCAAGGUCUUGAUCCCGCUGACUCGCUGUAACUCCCAGAGAGAGACAAUCCAGGGGGAACUGAAAGUCAGAAACGCUGGAGAGUACACACUUGUCUUUGACAACUCUUUCUCCAGGUUCAUCUCAAAGAAAGUGAUGUAUCAUCUGAGUCUAGACAAGCCUGUCGUCUAUGAUGGAACUGACCUCCUCUGAACGUGACGGGGAGGAGGAGAAGCAGGUGUGACACUGACUGUUGUAACAGACGAGGUGUUUAAACUCAUUCACAUAGUUUCAAGGCAUCUGGGUUAGAGUCCACCAACCUCGAUGCAUUUUAAGAAAAGUAAAACAAUGUUACAUUAUUGAAUGUGAGCAUGCACUUUUAAAAAAGCCUGACGUUGUAGUUUAAAUUCAACAUUAAGGGUAUCAAAGGUCACUCUGAGAUGAUUGGAGGAUUGUUGCGUAUUUGAAAGAGAACGACUUCUUUGCCUGUGCAAACAGAGGUUUCUCAGCGCCAACAGGUGUAGCUGCUGUUGGCAACAUUUGUUUAACUGCAUCCUUGCAGAAGUAAAGCUGCGUUUUUAUUCGUUAGCACGAGGCGCAGUUGCUUGAUGUAUCACUGUUUGUUCCCAUUAUUUGCCUCGUCUCAUGAAGUCAGACUACUGUCUUUUAAAAUGGGACUAAUGUGCUCUUUGCACAGUGACGAAAAUACAUUUCCUCUAUCAUGCUAUGUGUCAUUUUAUGUUGUCAUAUCAAUAUUCAUGAUGAUUUAAAAAAAAAAUUUCCCUGAAAAGUGAGAAAAUAUUUAUGAUUAAAAGAACCAGACAGAAAGGUCUGCUUUAAAGUAUCUAGGGAAUCGGAUAUGAUUGUGAAUAUGUGACAAAUCAUUACAUUCCUCAUUACAAACACAUAUAAAGAUACAAUAUUCCCAUGAAUCAUAUCCUGCUUAUUGAUUGCAACAUUACCCACAAUGGCCUAAUACACCUUGAGUUAUUUACCAGAGAACUACCACACUAACGACGGUUCAUCUAAAUCUCUAAUCAAUCAAUACUUUUUUUAAGUUUGAAAAAUGUAACUUUAUUUUCUACUUGCUUAAAUGCUCCAUUAGCACAUUGGUUAGUAUUUCAUGUAACAAUCAUUGGUGGAGACACUUUGUUUCAAAGUUCAUGCUCAUCCAGUCAGUACGGUAUCUAACGAUUGUUGCCUUCUCAGCUGUCUGAAAUUGCAAGAAAUGUUUUGUUUUUGUUCUUGUGUUGCGAUCAUGAUGAAGCAGAACAGGAAGUAGCAAGACUGCAAAACCGCCACAUCACUCGGUUUGAGUUGUCUUCAGGAAACAGGCUUUAAUUGAAUGCAGUUCUAAUGAUUGCAGUUGAAGAUUUCUAUGCAUGCAAACACUAACAAUGUGCACAUAUUUCCCAGAUUUAAAACUCAAGGGUAGAAAAAAAGGGGGCGGGGGGGGGGGCACAUAUCAAAAUGUAGGUUUUAGUGUUUUAAAUAUUUAGUUGUUACUUGAAUCGUCAGAUUGAAGAUUUUGUAAUACACUUAGGGAAGAUAGAAGCUGAAAUGACAUUUUCUCAUGACAUACAAAAAGCCGUUUAUAUGAUAAAAUGUUUAUUUUGGAAACAAGACAUGAUUAUAAUAAGAACACUUUUUAUUUUGUAGCAUGCUUUUCCAGACGGGAAGAGACGUUUGUUCUUUUAUACAGGUGUUUUGUGAUGUUCUGCAGUGUGUCAAAAGGUAUUGUGAAUCUCAGCAUACAGCCUUCAAAUAAUACAUGUCUAAAAAAAUCACUUUUAUACUUGUCUUAUAUGGAUCUUUUUAUUUGAAGGCUUUAAUGUUCAAACGUACUUUUUUUUUUUUCCUCAACUGUGUCUUCACUCAUCAUUUUGAUGAUUCUGACUUGGAUAUACAGAAACAUUGCUGCGCUUUUCAACAACUAAUUUCAAAUUAAAAAAGUGUCUUCCAGUAUUUUAAAACCAUUUUGUAAAUUGUAUUUUGAACAUGACACUAGGAAGAAGAUUAAGAAAAAUGGCAAAUGACAUAUUGCCAAAAAUAUUGGGGGUCGAUAUUUGUCUGUUUCAUUGUUGUUGAAUGGGAGUUUCUAUUAAAAGGCAUUGCGACAUGACUGCUGUAUAAUGCACUUUUGAAAGGGCUUUUUGGCCGUCUGUAUCCCAUGAGCCUUUGUGCCAGUUAAUGAAUGUGUUUUUCUUUUCAUCUGUAUCUAGUGAGAGUGUGAUGGUAGAUGUUUACUGCUGGAUUUGACAGAGGGAGAAGCUUUCGCUCUCUGGCUUAACCUGCAAAUUAACUGAAAUAUAAUUUACAUACUAAAUAAUGAGAGUAGAAUGGAUUAAAGAUUGUGGACAAAUAAAUAAGGAUUGUGUGAUAA